AGCAACAGCAACAGUUCAGUUACCACAGCAACAGCAACAAUAACAAUUACUAUCACAGCAAUGCCAGCAACAGGCAGCACAGCAGCACGCAAGCAACAUGUAUCAGCAGCAGCAGCAACACUCGCAGCAGCAGCACACCAUCACCUACCACUGCAGCUCCCCCUACUCGCCCUCGUCGGCCUCCUCAUCAUCCUCCUGCUCGAUAGCCACCUCGCCCACGCUCUCCUCGGCCACCACGCUGUCCACCACCUCGACAGCCACCAUGCCCACGCCCCAGCAGCAGUAUCCCCAGCAGGCCACCUUCCUGAAGGCCUCACCGGCCUACUACACUACAGAUGCCACGCCCACUCUGGUGCUAAGCAGCGACUACAACUCGAACUGCAUCCCAAUUCAGGCGACGCCCUUCAUCUCACUGCAGGCGGCACCGCAGCAACAUCUGCUUAAGUAUACCGCCCAGCCGGCGCCGCCACAGCAACAGCAGCACGCCUAUAUGGGUCACCAUUAUCCAUCACAGAUGGGUGCAGUGGUGGCCACCACUGUGGCUGCCAUGCCAGCCACCACGAUCACCGUAGCGGCGCCGGCAACAGUGGCAGCACCAUCGACCUGCAUCUAGGAGGGGGCUUGGUUCCUAGGAGGAUCAGGAGGCGACUCCAUUCAUUUAACCAGAAGCAUCGUAUAUUAAGUCAGGGAAAAAAGCGAUGUGUGUUUGUGAAAUCGCCGGAGAUUUAAAAGAAUUAAUUGGGGAAGUCAAAGGAAUGCAAUGGAAUAUAAAACAUAAAAGUUUAUGAAACAAACAAAUAGAAAUUGUAAAGAUCUUCUGUAUCUAUACAUCAUUGCCUACUUUUAGACUGUCCUAAUUUAAGUUUCAAAUCUCCUGCGAUUUCCAAAAGCACACCGCGUAGUCGUUUUUUAAUUACAAGUUUUGUCACCUACCUAAUUCAUUGGAAUAUACUCGUUUUUGUCAACUCCACACACGUCACCUAGAUAACUUAUAUUGCAUAUAUAUUCUUCACAACCUAUGCCACACGAUACGUAUACCAAUCAUAAAUAUACCCAGUCUUCAAGCUGAAAUUGGAACAAAUCAAAAGGCAAAUGCAACACUUGGCUGAAGGUCUUAAGUCUAGUAAACAGAGAAAAACUUCAACAAUCACAUUCUAAGAACAUUAACACACAAGAUACAGCAAUUGAAGUUGAAGUUGAUGAAAAUUUAAGGUUGAUACAAACUAUUUACAAAAAUAAGAACCGAAAAGUACUAUUUGGGGGCUGAGAGGUGAUAACUCUGCAGAACUCUUUCGUACGUAUAGCAAAGACUUAAAGGUGUAACAUUCGGUUUACACAUCAAGUGACAUGCAUUAGAGGGAAAAUAUUGAGUGACGACUCUACACAAUAUUACAAAAACCGAAAUGAAAACGAAAAUAAAACAAAAGAGUGUUGUUAAAUGCAAAUGAGAAACAAAAACCAAGAAAAUUAGCAAUUAAAAAUUGAACUUAAUAAGUGACGGAGAGCGCAGUUGCAUUAAAAUUAGUUAAAAACUAUUUUAAACUCUAGUGUUCCAUAUUUCAAAGCAAAUAAAAAUACCGGUAUAUAAAAGUGGAUAAACAAUUAGUGGAGGAGUGUUAAUAUUAGCUAAGUUUAAGCCUGAAAAACAGUGCAGUUCUCCAUGGCAAAUAGUCAAAAUUAAUCAAAACCAAAAUGGAAUCUACAUAGGCCAUAGGUAAGCAGCAAAGAACAACUAAUAAUAAAUUCAUAACAAUAACAAUAAUAUCGGUAACGAUAAAGAUAACGAUAACGAUAACGAUAGCGAUGAGAGGAUGAAGAUGAUAAAGUACAGUCACGUCCUAUUUUUGCAACAACGAUUUACUACAAGCGAGAGUCAAACGAUCCAGAUGUGCAUACGGAGAUUUUAUUAAGCAGAAAAGCAGAAAUCAGAUACAGAGUACAGAAACCAUAAUCCUUUUUUACAUUUUAUAAUAACGAUCAAGA